UAGAGUGACCCUGCACAGUCAGUCACAGCACCGGACCAUCAGGACCAGGACCAGACUGAGAACUACAGGUCCAGAGAACCACAGCCUCAGACCUGGAGCAGUCAAUUAAUCAGAAUCUGAACCAUCAAGACCAGACAGAAAUCCACAGGACCAGAGCCUCAGACCUACAGCACCCAGAAAAUAUCAGGACCAGAUCAAGGACCGAGGGAGGACCAGAGUCCCAACCUGCUUUGUGAGCUCUGCUGACAGACUGAGGAUUUCCAACUUCAGAUUUGGCUGCUGAACUCUGUUUCUAUUGUAUGUCCUCAGAGACUCUACUGACUCUACUGUUGGACUCUACUGAGUCUGUGAGGAAUUGAUCUGAAGGAUCAAGAGCCCUGGUGCCUGUUUCUCCAUCAGGUCCUCCUGCGAGUGCUUUGACUCUACCGUCAUUCAGAGUCCAUCAUGUCCUCUCUGUUAGCUGUCUUCUUCUUCAUGGCGCUCAGCCUUCUCAUCAACGCCUCUAGUGUGGUCUCUCCAGCUCCCGAGGUCGACAAGGUGCCUCAGCUCCAGGAGGGGGCGUCAUCCUCUGUCUGUCCGUCCUGUUCUCUGUCUCAGAUGAGGAGGAACUCGACUUUACCAGGAGGACAGAGCGACAUGGUGGAGGCAGUGAAGCGUCACAUUCUCAACAUGCUGCACCUGAGUGCCCGGCCCAACCUGACACAGCCAGUCCCUCGAGCAGCGCUCCUCAAUGCCAUCAAGAAGCUGCAUGUCGGCCACGUGACCGAAGACGGCAGCGUGGAGAUCCAGGAGGAGGGCCGGGGCUCCAGGACCCCAACAUCCCCCGAACCACCAUCUGAAAUCAUCACCUUUGCAGAGCCAGGUGACUCUCAGAACACAGUGACCUUUGACAUUUCAAAGGAGGGCAGCGGCUCCUCUGUCGUGGAACAGGCGAACAUCUGGAUCUUUCUGAAGAUGUCAAAGGGAAACCAAGCAAAGGGCAAAGUGACUAUACGGCUGCUGCAGCUUCAUCAUGACAAUGAUGAGGAGGAGCGUGUUUCAGAGAAGAUGGUGGACACUCGUCGCAGCGGCUGGCACACCCUCGCCAUUCCUCGCAGCGUUCAGACCCUGCUGGACAGUGGCGGCAGGUCACUCAACCUGCGGGUCUCCUGUCCACUGUGUGCUGAGGCUGGAGCUUCGCCAGUUCUGAUGCCUGCCAAAGGCGAACAAGCUGCGGGUCGAGAUCAUUCUCAUCGGCCAUUCAUCAUGGUCAUGCUGCAAGCUCAAGAGGAGGCGUCACAGCGACGAGUCAAAAGAGGUCUGGAGUGUGACGGGAAAAUACACAUCUGCUGCAAACGACAGUUUUACGUCAACUUUAAAGACAUCGGCUGGAACGACUGGAUUAUCGCUCCAUCAGGUUACCAUGCCAACUACUGUGAGGGCGACUGUCCGAACCACAUGGCGAGCCUCAGCGGCUCCUCCCUCUCCUUCCACUCAACGGUCAUCAAUCAUUAUCGCAUGAGGGGCUACGGCCCGUUUCAAAACAUCAAGUCGUGCUGCGUGCCGACAAAGCUGCGCGCCAUGUCCAUGCUUUACUACAACGAGGAGCAGAAAAUCAUCAAGAAAGACAUCCAGAACAUGAUCGUGGAGGAGUGUGGCUGCUCGUAAACACUGUAAACCUGCCCCCUGCACGUCAGCAGCAGAUCUGCACUUUCCCACUAAAGACAGUAUUUAUGUUUAGUGAAGCAUCGUAUUUCUUAUUCGGAGAGACUCUUUUCCACAUUGGAACAACCUGAGAAUAAAUACUAUGCAACAUAUCCUAUAAUGUCAAACUCUACCUGUCUACAUUUAUAUGUGUUGUCUAUUGUUUUCUAUUGUUUUAUACUGUUAUAGAAUAAUUUCUGAUGUGUUCUGUUUACUGAGGAUUCAACUUGUGUCAAAAUCUGUCAUGUCGAGAUACUUGAAAGAAAUUUGUUCAACCAGCUGCUUGAGCCAAACGUUGUUAUCAUUAUUAUUAUUAUUAUUAUUAUUAUUAUUAUUAUUAUCAAUAAACUAGAUUAAUUUUGCACAGUUAAGAACAUUCCUGGAAGUCUUUCCUCAGCUUCAAAGUCGGAGCUCAGAAGAUUGAGAAGAAGCCAAAGACAGUCGACAUGUAGAUGAAGAUUCCAUUUUACUGAAAUAUCAACUGAGCAAAUGAAUUAAAUGACCUGUUGUUAAUGAGCAGUGAGUAAGUUGACCACUGAUGAAGCUGUGAGUAAAAUGAACUUUAUGAAAUCAACAUGGCUGAUGUUAAAUUAUUUAACUGGUGAAACAAAAACAGUCUUUUGUUGCUUCAUUGUAAGACAAUAUGAGAUGUUGAUGCCAGCUUUAUAUAAUUUAUUUGUCUUGCUUCAUUAUUAAAAAAAAUUCAGUUUAA